AUGUCGUCGGUAUUUUCAAAGCUGAUAAAUAAAACAUCACAAACAUGCGGGAUAAGACAGGAGACACUUACUCGUGGUGUUGUUGGUGUUGUCACCACACUCUACUUGCUCAAGCUGACUUAUCCUCACAUUGUAAGAGUCAAGCGCAAAUUGGAGACCAACAACAAUGACAGCAGCAGUAAUAAUAACAAGACAAAGGAAAAUGGAGUGGACAACAAAUGCAAGAAUAAAAAGUGCUGCAAGAGCAGCAAGCUCGUUAAAAAUAAACAGAGCAACGCGGGCCUGGACAAAGCCUUCCUCAGACAGUUGAUCCAGUUGCUGAGGAUAAUGGUACCUGGUUGGAGAUCCAAGGAAGCAGGACUCCUGACCUGUGCGACGAUCACUCUUCUUGCUCGCACCUUCCUAUCUGUCUACGUAGCCACGCUCGAAGGCCAGAUAGUCAAGAGAAUUGUCCUGAAAGACGUCCGUGGAUUCUUUCUCAUGCUGGCUCGCUGGUUCGCCAUCGCCUUUCCUGCCACCUUUGUCAACUCCGCUAUCCGGUAUCUUGAAGGCAGACUUGCACUUUCUUUCAGAGAAAGACUGGUGCAGUACGCGUACAAAAUGUACUUGAGUCAGCAGACUUAUUACAGAGUCUCCGCUCUGGACAAUCGACUGGGUGGUGCUGAACAAAGACUGACUGAUGAUUUAUCCGAAUUAGCGAGCUCCGUCGCGCAUUUGUACUCGAGUUUGACCAAGCCGCUGCUUGAUUGUGCGCUUGUCGGGAUCGCGCUUAUGUCAUUCUCAUCGCGCAUGGGUGCUAGAACUGUUCCAGGUCCAUUACUGGCAGCAGUUGUUAUUGCGGUAACCGGGCAAGUACUCCGGCUUACAUCACCGCGAUUUGGUCACCUAGUUGCCGAAGAAGCCUCACGUCGUGGACGACUACGUGAAGCGCACGCUCGUAUUAGUGCUCACGCCGAGGAGAUUGCAUUUUAUGGCGGUCAUAAUACCGAGCAUCGUUAUUUAAGCACCGCAUACAGAUCGCUGACUGUCCAUUUGAGGAAAGUUUUGGCGAUGAAAUUAUGGUACAUUAUGUUGGAGCAAUUUUUAAUGAAGUAUGUAUGGUCGGGGACUGGUCUCUUGGUAAUUGCAAUGCCGUUACUCUAUACGACGAUUAAAUCGCCCAACAAUAGAGACUCUGACGGU